AUGUCUCAAAAACUCACUCGUAUCUGGCGCUCUUCCUCGGAACUUUCAAUUGGAGAGAUAUCAAGAUAUCGAAUAAAAUUUGAUCAAUCACAAAAUGAGAAUUCGUUUCCUCCUCUCAUCCGGAACCUUGUUAUAAAAAUUACUAAUAAGACCCCGUCAAUUUAUCGUGUAGCAGUAUUAUCGGGACCUUAUAACAUUUCAGCAUCUGUUGUCUCGACAAAUCGGAUAAAACAACCACAAUUCCUUUGCUUCAUCCCUCAAUGCAAACCAAUGAUUAGUUGUGGUAAAUCAUGGAAAUCAACUUUAACAAUUCCUUCAAAUAAUAUUGAGGAAUGGACCGUAGAAAUCGUAAGCGAAGCAUUUUUUUCCAACAUUAAAGUUAAUUAUGAAGUUGGUUUAUAUGCUUUCAUCUCAAAAGAUAUCCACAAAGAGAUGUACUCUUCUUUGAUUACAUAUGAAACCUAUAAAUCAGUUGAUAUUCUUGGGUUACGUGAACUUUCUACCUCAAAUGCUAAUGACAAUCUUCAUCUCGUUAUGUUAACACAUGGAUUACAUGGGACAAUUUUAGAUGGAUUAUAUUUACGAGAAGCCAUCCAAGAGAAGUAUUCAGAUAAUAAUGUAAUCGUUUAUGUUUCGGAUGUGAAUCACACACUCACUGAAGAAGGUAUAGAGAAAUGUAGUAAAAGGUUAGCUGAACAUGUAUUAAGAUACAUUGGAUGGGAACGAUUUGACAAACCCAUAAUUUCGAAAAUUUCAAUGAUUGGUCAUUCUUUGGGAGGGUUGUUUAACGUAUUUGUGGCAGGUUACUUGCAUAAUGUUACUAAUGGAACUUUCUUCGAGAAGGUCAAACCGAUUCAUUUUAUUACGAUCGCAAGUCCUUUACUCGGUUCGACCGAAUUGGCCUGGUACAUCAAAUUUCCAAUGAAAUUGGGUUCAUUUGGUAAAACCGGUAAAGAGUUGGCCUUGAAAAAACGUGCGAUGGAAGUAGAACCUUUGAAAUUUCAUAAACGUUCAAUAUACGCGAAUAUCACCAAUGAUUUUUUAGUCGCAAUAAAAACUUCCUCACUUUAUUUUCUCGAUGAUGAUGUAACUAAUGGUGUACAUAAUAUGAGUUUAAUGGAGAAUUUGAAACACCUUUUAGCAACUUUUCAUCCUCCAAAAUUCACAAAAGAUUACCUUGAUAGGUCAUUCUCUGGUAUAUCCCCUAUAAUUCAUGAUAAGGUUUACGCACCCAAGGAUAUUCCUCCUCCGUCACAAAAUCAUUUAUUGAUCGAAGAAAAGAUGGCAAGAAAUUGGCAUAAAGAUAUGAAUUGGAGGAAAAUAUUGGUACGAAUGGAGGGUACGGCUCACAUGGAUGUGGUUGUGAGAAGGAAAUGGUUGAACGCUGCUGGAACUCAAGUUAUUGAACAUUUAUUAAAUAAUCAUAAAUUAUAA